AUGUCCGCCAACCCCCCCAUCCUCGCAGUGCCGCACCAGAAGUCGUCCCCAGAGACGCACAUAAAGCGAUACCUCUCCUCCCUUGAGCCGUACGUCAACGAACACGCCCGCGCCGGCGUCUCGACGUUCGAAAAAGCACUGCGCGGCGAGCCGCCGCCGGAGAGUGAAGGCGCCCCAACGAUAGAGGGAAAGUUGAAUAUGUUUGGGGAGGAAGGGGAGGAGCUAGUCACAAGAGCAGAGCUGCUGGCGAAAUUGAGUGGAAGCGGUGUUAAGCCCGCACAGCCAGUGAGGAGACAGCCGCUCAAGGAUGUCCAGACGGCGUCGUUCAAGCUGCCACUUGACUCGCUUGUCCACAAACUUGACAAGGGCAAGACAAAUGGUGUGGAGAAGAAGAAGGCGAAAGGGACCAAAUCCAAAGAAGAUGUGUUCGAGGAGUCAGAAACCGAGAGUGCCCAGAGACGUCUUCAACGUAAGACUCGCCGAAGAGAGAAGGCGGCCAUCACCAAGCCAAAACCUCCCACUCCGCCUCCAGCCAAGAAAAAGCGCAAGUCCAAGCCUCCUUCCGUUGACGGCUCGCUUGAAGGAUCCGAGGAGUCGGAGGAAGUGGAUGACAGGCGGAAGGGCCGAAGGAGGCAGGCUAUCCCAGCAUUUGUCAAGAAUUACCAGGCCAAGAACGUGCAAGAAGCUGCUAAACCGGUGAAGAAGAAGCAAGGCUUCCUCAAUCAAGGAAAGGCAUCUAUGCCUAUAUGUCUGCCUUCAGAAAAGCCUCGACUGGCGACUGCUCAACCGUUCUCGGAAGAUGCGUUCCUGGGUUCCCAAGGCGCUUUGCGGCGAUCUCACGACGAAGACGACACCUUUGGGUGGAAGCUCCCUCACAAGCGACCUCUGUCGUCACUUCCAUCUGUCGAUGUCGAUGAUGCGCCUGCACGUCAGACUUCCCGGCCACGAUCCACUCGUUCCCCAGUUCGCGCCCCCUCACACACGUCUCUCCCUUCCUCGAGUGCCCAACAGCACGCUCCUUCCGCGCACAACUCUUACUCUCGAAUGCCUCCGCCUGGCGUCGCUAACUCGCCUAGCUGGCAUACAGAGAUCACUGAAGAGCAAGCGUCUUUUGUACGAAAAGAAUCGGGGAGACAGGCAGCCACUCCUGGCCCUGCUCAGAAUGUGGCUCUGUCGCUCGAUCCAGUCUCUCCACCCCACAUUCCUCGCGUUUUGACACCACCACGCCCGCAGCCAGAAGAGCCGAGUCCCGGGACGUUACGAGAAGUGUUCGGCGGCAAAAGCUUUGUGUGGCCGAAGAAUCGAGGAAUGGACAUGUCGUUCGGUCAGACCGCCCACGAUGAGACUCCCGCCCGCUAUCAUCAGCCUUCACCAGCGUUCCCACCGCAUCAUGUUUCGACUGAUCCCGCUCCAGAUGUAUAUCGACCCCACAAUACGCUGCCACAGUCGACCACCAUUCCUGUAUUUGUUCACGCCCCGCCCUUCCGAUCCGAGGAUGAUAUGGAGUAUCAGCCCGUUUGGAUGCACGAAGAGAGCAGAGAUGACAUUAAAAUACCACGAAGCGGGUACGAAGAAUACGGAGAGGACGAGGAGUACCAGCAAGACCGCCACUACGAACAUGAGUUUCCCACACAUCGCUUCACCUCAACCCCUAUGUAUGACCGACAACUAUCUUUCGCUCCUUACUCUUCUCAAAACGCCCCGGAUCAGCUUGCAUACCCCCACCACCACCAUCGUAUGUCAUACGAUCAUCGGGAUCUCCCACAACCCCCGAUCUUCCACGCCCCUAGUGCUGUCCGCCGCGAACCACCUCAGCCCGCACCACCGACAGUCAACAAUACUCUCGAUCGAAGCUUCAUCUCGACAGACAGCCCUUUGCCAAAAAUGUACGAGCUGCCGAGUCCGCAGCCCUAUUGUUACCCUGCAGUCGCCGCGAGGGGGUACGCGAUGUCGAGGAAUCUGGACGAAGGAAGAUAUGUGAGGAGCUGGAGUGCAGGGGGACGUCGCGACAUCGAGGUCGUGGAUGAGCGCUAUCAAGAUGCACGGGGCGGUUUCGAUCGAGAGGAUGAUGAUGGACAUCUUGAAGUGACGGAAGGGCAAUGGAAGAGUCUUUGGAGCGGGGGAGCGGGGCUGAGAUAG